AUGACCAAAAAAACAAUCAACCUGGUAGAACUCAAUGAUCCUCUGGGCAACAUCAACAAGGCCACUGGAAACAAACUCAGAUCAGAAGACACAGUCAUAGAAGACCUGAACGAGGAGGAUGCAGAGUAUAUCAGGCAGAAGGAAACAGCUGCCAAUCAGCUAGACCAGCUAAUGUCAAAAACGGAAAUAAAAAUCUUCCAACAAGUAGCUCUUCUGCACAAACAAUUUGCAAAUAAUUGCAAGGCAGAAACGGUCAACAACACCCAGAAGACUAUCAGCCAAAUGAGCCAGCUCAUAGAAAGACUCUCCCACUACUGUACCCGCAAGACCUUCCAAGGAAAGCACAAGAACCAUGAAGGAGUGCACAUCUCCUUCCGAGACAUACCCAAGUUCCAGGUCCAAGGACAUAGGGUAAGACACCCCAAGGAGCCCAUAUUCGAGUCCAUCUCACACUACCUGUCAGCAAUUCAGAAGGUACUAUCAGCAGGAAGAACACCCAUCAAUCAAGCCUGGAAAACUUGGUUGCUGGUAGCGUUUGACCAUGACCACAACACGUGGUAUAAACAACACCUUCAAGGACAGGACCUGAACUGGGAGCAAGUAAAUCUCACCCCAGAACUUGUAGCCAAUGUCAAGCUAGCCUGGUUUGCCUGCCACAAUGACAUGUCCCAAUCAGUGGAACAAUUCUUGUCUUUGGCCAACAUCAUGGCCAUAGCCAUCAAGCAAAAGCACACAGAUCCCAUGGAGCACAUAACCAGCACACUGGAAAGUGCAUUCUUUGGUAAGAACAUCGAUAAGAAUAAUCUGGAUAAAAAGAAUCCAUUCUCACUACAAACACCUAUCAUUCUACAGAAUGAACAUAAAGUAAUUAGGCUCCUGGACACGAGGGCAGAGAGGUUCUGUCUGGACAUUCAUUUCUACAACAAUUCAAUAAAAUUGCCAAUUGUAAAAGUAGAAGGAUAUUUAGUGUUUGCGGGAAAGAAUCAAACUUCUAAGCGUUUAGGACGAACUGUACUGUUAGAAGUGGCUUAUGCCAAUGGUCAUAACUUCGCACAUUCUUUCGAAUUAAUAGAAACAAAUGAAAGUGAUAAUGACCUUAUACUUGGACAAGAUAUAAUGCCUAAACUAGGAAUAACUUUAGCAGGUGUGGCCAUAGAUUGGAACACUAAAAGCUUAGAUGAAAAUAAAUAA